AUGGCUUCUCGUAGGAUCACGCUCGAGUUGGCGGCCGUCGUGGUCGUCGUCGCCGCCGCCGUGGCCGGUUCACUCCCGGCGACGACCGCGUCGGCGACGGCGUACCGGGUCGGCGACGACUCCGGCUGGGACAACGGCGUCGACUACGACGCUUGGGCUCACGGCAAGAGGUUCAAGGUCGGCGACACGCUAGAGUUCUUGUACGCGGAGGGCGCGCACAACGUGGUGGUGGUGGAGGACGAGGGGAGCUUCGAGGCGUGCGUGGCGCCGGCGAACGCGCCGACGCUGAGCUCCGGCGACGACACGGUGGCGCUGAACCAGGCAGGGCGGUGGCUCUUCAUCUGCAGCUUCGACGGACACUGCCAGUCCGGCAUGAAGCUCGCCGUCGCCGUCACCCACUAG